AUGCUUGAAAGGAUUGAUGAUACUCCAUAUGUGUUCCCUUCCAUAGGUUACAACCAAAGAAGAAGAAGUAAGGUGACUUUCAGUUACAAUUGGAGCUCUUCAGCGAGGAAAAAUGGGAGAUACAGAGGCCAAAGUGAUGGACGUAUUGGGAUUCCGAGGAAGUGUAAUUAUGGUUGGGAUAUUGAGCUUCUUACCUCUCAUGUAGCUCAAGGAAGAAGAUCUUACGUUAAUAAAUGGUGGGAUGAAGCAAUGAUGGAGGAGUUAGAUGAGGUUAAGGGGAAUCUGGAUGACAAUGACACUUCUGCUUACACGUGA